AUGAUCAUGGCUCUGGCAAUCCUGCUGAGUCUGCUGAUCUUGGUCGCGGGCGUUUGCCUGUUGCAGGCCCGUGGUUUCCGGGAUUUCGCAGCCGAAGCUGGCAGGAGUCCAAGGCUGACACAGCGAGACUUUGUAUCCAUGCUCACGUCCAACUCGAGCAGAUCGGACGAGUGCUACAUAAACGGCACGCGCGUGUCGUGUGAUGUGCUCUCUACAUUUGUCGGAAUGGUGGCUCCCACGUGCGGAGAGGGUCAGAUGCCGCCACCUGAGCCCAUCUGGCAUCAGAAUCGGAAGCCGUUCAGAAUCGGGAUCUUCGGGGGCUCCGUGAGUACUGGGAUCUGGCCGCUGUUUCUACAGAAGAACUUGGACAUUCUCCAAGUCCCCGCCAGAGUGGAAAACAACGCCGUUGGAGCAACUUCCCCUCUGUUUUGGAGGACUUGCCCACCAAGGAACCGCUAUGAUGUGGUCAUCGGUGAGUGGACGCUGAAUAGCCCAAACGCAAGUGAAGUCCGCACUUGGAUAGCUCAAGUUGCGCGAAUCUCGCGAUACGUGGUGUUUUUGGACCUUUUCGCCUGGACUUUUUCGCCGGUUCUGAUGCAAAUGCGUGCCCCAGACCGCUACAAGCGCAUCUCCCUGAAGCACGUCUCGGCCAACCGCAACUCCAGCUGCUUCGUCGCGUUCAGGGAUGCAAGUCUGAUGUGGUGGAGGUGGAUGCCACCAUUUACAACCCGCAUCUUGUUCUCGGAUGCCCCGGAGGAGUGUCACGUAGCGGCCGAGAGACCCGAACCCCCAGCUUCAAAAGCUGGCUCAAGAGAUAGUUCCAGGCAAUCCGUCGGAAAGUGUGAGUCGCAAUACCUAGAACAGAUGCAGCAUGGUGGUGAAGCUUACCAGGAGCUGGUGGCUCUUGCCGUCUCCCGCGCUUUGCUGUCGCUUCUGGCCUCAGCGCCAGCGUCCACGUGGGUUCAAAGUCCCACAGCUGAACCGAAAGCGUCCUGCUACGGCACGUGGGGCAUGAAGUUCUACGAGGGUUUGCCCAGCAUUUUGAGGGAGAUUCCGGAGCUAGACGCCUUGAAGUUCACGAUGCAGGACUUCAAGUAUGGAGCUGUCUUUACAGCCCACAAGAAGACCAUGUACACCUCCCGGCCAGGAGCCGUGCUGCAGCUACCGUUGCCACGCUGUGCCACAUCGGUGUCCCUGAAGUACGUCGCGCACUCAAAGCACGCGGAGUGCAGCAGCUUCUCAGUGUCUGUCGGCGACCGUUCGCUUACCAUCCGCAAUGCUCUGCCACCAAGACCUGCGCCACUCCGCCUGUCCCGAGACUCGCCAGAGUUUCAGGUGACAAGUUGGCCAGCCAAACUCACAGUGAAGGCGGUUGAUGUCCCAGCAGGGAACUUUGUGGAGAUCACCCAGGUCCAUCUUGCUGGGUGCUGA